AUGGCCAGCAGAGGUAUGCCAAGGUGCUUGUUGUGGGUCGGUGAGUUGGUUGACACCGGGAAGUUACACGCAGACCCUGUGAGCGACACACUCUAUCUGCGGCUUGCAGGCUUGGAUGCAGUAAUAGACAAGACACAGACAAGGAGCACUGCCGUGAAGAUUUUACUGCCAGUUUUAGGAAGUAGUGUCCUGAUACUCGUGUGCAUUUCCCUUGCAUGGUUGAAAUCCAAAGGUGCGUUUAGUUUACAUUCUUUACCUUCCCGAAACAUUCAAGUUUGUCUAUCUAUUGUACCCCCAUUCCAUGAAAGCUUUAUAAACCCAAUGAAGAUGCAAAUCCAUGCUGGUAAUGCGGUGAUGGUAAUUCAUCAAUAG